AUGGCGCUCAAUGCUGGAGCCGACAUUCAGGAACGUGGAAAGGAGCCAGGACGCGACCUAAAGUCCGGUGGGACUAUUAUAUAUAUCAGGGCUGUCGCGAAUGGCCAAGAAGCCACCGCGCGAAUGCUCAUCGAGACUGGCAAAAUUGAGGUGAAUCCCUCUAGGAGGAAGAAGCAUCACUCGCCUCUGUGGUGGGCAUGCCACUUUGGCCAUACCAAUCUGAUUCGGCUGUUGCUAUCCUUUCCAGGCACUGAUAUCAAUGCUAUUGAUGGGAUGGGAAAGGGUGCCUUGGAAGGGGCAAUCAAAGGCAAGCAGCUCAGAUCGGUUCUGACCUUGCUUGCUUAUCCGCAACUCAAUCUUAGAGCACGACGUGGACCCAACCCUGUCGAGUACGCCAUAUAUGAAGAGACGCAAGAUAUCGCUUGCGCUUUGAUCAGAGACCCAAGAUCCGACCCGAAUGGUAGCAUGCGAAAAGGGAGACAGUAUGAGCCAUCUCGCGAGCCAUUGCUUAGGGCCAUGCGAUUUGGGCAGCCAGAUGUCAUUCGGUGCCUUUUGCAACACCCGGACAUAGAAAUACGCGGCUCUGACCUUGGCUGGACACCAAUCUUUCUUGCAGCCUGCUCCGACAGCCCUGCCGCAGUUCAGACUCUGCUCGCCAUGCCGGAGACCAACCCGCACACUCCAGACAGCAACGGCCAGACGCCUCUCAUGGUCGCAGUACGUGAAGAUAGUCAACAAACAGCCGGAGUCCUCGCAAAUGUCAGGGGGACAAACUUGAACCAUCAAGACAAAAACGGUGAUACAGCGCUGAUACUUGCUACCUUGGUCAGUAACAGAUCGAUGAUAUCCUUCUUGUUGAACUGUGAGGGCGUGCAUCCUGAUAUUAGAAACCAUGCUGGGCACUCGGCGGUGAUGAUGACAAGAAGUCCGUUUCUGAAGGAACUAUUUGUGCAGCCGCAGGCGAGGAGCGUUUAUGAUUACCCUGAGGACAUUGACCCCUUUCGCUUUGACCCCGAUGGCUUUGACCUUGAUGAAUUUGACCCUAAUGGCUCUGACCCUGAUGGCUUUUACACUGAGUCUGUUAACAGCGAAUCUGAAGGCACUGAGUCCGAAGACAGCGAGUCUCUCUGA